AAAGGCGCGUUUGAAUACGUUUUACCUCAGCAGCAAAAAUGGCAAGUGAGGAAUUCUUAAAGUGGCUAAAUAAUAAAUUGCGUGAAUUGAAAACCGACGAAAGUGUCUACGGAUCAUACAUAAGUGGUAUACUGGAUGGGGACGAAGAUAUUGCCGAGAAAAAAGAAGCGCUAGAGGAAAUCCUAUCUCAAAUAAUUGAAGAUGACAUCGAAACCAUUCUGCAAACAAUCAUUGACAAAUGGGAACAAUGCAGCACCAAAGUCGAAGAACAGCCGAAAGUUGUCGAAGAUGUGGACAGUAAAUUGGCUAAACUAAUGGAAAGCAACAGCAUCCCUGCUACAGUCACUCGACAACAAUAUACGGCAGAGGAGCUGAGAAUUCGUGAGCAGAUUCUGGCACAGUACAGUCAAGUCGAACUCGAUGAGUGCGAAGAUGACGAUGAUGUUGGUGGUGGCAGUGCUGGUGGUGGUGGAGGCGGACCGACUACGACAACAAGCGAUCCUAUGGUUAAAAAUACAAAUGCAAGUGACGUAGCUCAACUGGCUAAAGAACGCCGCGAACAGGCAAAGUUGGACAGCAAGGCGAAAAAGGAUAAGGAUAAGGAAGACAGGGAAAAGCAAAAGCAAAUGCGCGAAGAGAAAAAGGAGAAACGUAAAACUGUUAAAGGCGAACGGCGUCGGUAGCGGCGGUGUGAAUAACGAAUUAUUAUUUUUCUAAAUUUGUUGUUUAAGAAUCGCAUAUCUGGAUUUGUAUUUGGACUGGCAAAAAGAGUGACACAAGAAAUACACUUCUAAUGUAAAAAAAAAGAAAAACUUAAAU